GCCAAUCGGCGUCGCUUUUCUUGGAUGGCAUCAUCGGGUGGAGAACUGCUGUUAGUUUGCGCUGUGUUUAUUGUUAAGGUUGUGUGGACUAGCACUGCGGUACCCACUCGCUUUUUAUAACAUCAACAGUAUAACUUUAAGAUGAGAUGAAGAUGCGCGACCGAUCCUGAGCUGUGUGCUUGCAUGACAGCUGGUGUUUCCACCUGGGAAGAAUUUCUCAUAUACACAGAAGGGAACAUCCACAAAGGAGAGGUGAAAGAAAAAUCAUGAUACUGCAGCGAAAGCGGCCCACACCUUUCUUUUAGGAGUACCCUGAUCUGCCACCAGUAUCACCUGCUGAUGGCUAACUCUGUGGCAUUAGUGGUCCAAGCAGAACUCUUACCGCAUCAGUCCACCACGUCACUCUCUCCUUUCCCAUCGCUCCUGGGCUCAGGAGAGGAUGGAGAGGAGGACAGGGACAGAGGAGAACUAGUGGAGGUAGACAAGGGGGACGUAGCCGGUGGAGAAGAGGUGGUUUUGGACAUGGUAUCGUCAUCGGUGUCAGGCCCGGCGCAGCAGUCCGAGCAAUUAGACCAUCCCUUCCAGUGUAUGGACUGCGGCAAGAGCUUCAGGUGGUCAUCGAGGCUCACUCACCAUCAGCGGAGCCACAAUAAUGAGAGACCUUACCGCUGCAACCUCUGCCCAAAGGCCUUUAAGGGCUCCUCUGCUCUACUCUACCACCAACGGUCUCAUUCGGGGGAGAAGCCCUACAAAUGUCAAAACUGUGGUAAAGCCUUCAAGCGUUCCUCUCUGCUGCAGGUUCAUCAAAGUGUCCACACUGGAGUGCGGACAUUUUUGUGCCCUUACUGCCCCUUGACCUUCAAAUGGAGCUCUCACUAUCAGUAUCACCUGCGCCAGCACACAGGAGAGUGCCCGUAUCCCUGUGAUACUUGCCCCAAAGCUUUCAAAAACUCAAGCAGUCUACGGCGACACAAGAACGUCCACCUUGGUCUUAAGCCUUACACGUGUUCGGUGUGUAACAAAUCCUUCACACAGUCUACCAACCUCAGGCAGCAUAUGAGGAUACAUACGGGGGAGAAGCCCUACAUAUGUGGCGAGUGUGGACGAAGCUUUACACAUUCUUCAAACCUGGCCCUACAUAAGAACUCACACUCCAACCUCAACACAGGAGCAAAGGAAGGUAAAAGGAGAGAAGACACAAGGAAAGGGAAUGAGCUAGUGGAGGUGAUUGUAGGGGCAGAGGAAGUGACAUCAUCCAUGCUGUCGGACAUGGUGGGGUUUGUAAGCCAGGAAGGAACCGAUGGGGUUGGAGUGGGAAUGGAAGAAGUGUUCCUGUCAACAACCUCCUCCAGUCAGAAUCCAGGCCUUCUGCCCCAGCUCACCCUCACAUCGUCUGGAGAUGGUGUGUGUACAUCUAGAGCCAUCGGGACAGAAGUUCACCUGAGCACAGACACUGGGGCCAGUGUUCUGCUGUACAGCUGUGGCAGCUGCAACCACACCUUUGGUACACAGGCAGAGCUGGAGGAUCACCAGGCCAUCCACAUGGCCCCAGAGGUUCCAGGAACCGGUGCAGACACAGAUCCUGGUGCAGGAAUGGAGGUUGGGGAUGGGCUGGUGGGAGCUGGACACCUACUGGCAGAUUUUGAGGAGGUGGUGGAGACCACCACAGUGACUGAAAGUAGUCACACAGCAGAAGUGCUCCUUGGGCUCACUGAGGGAACAGAUGGCAACAGUGCAAAUGUGGGCACCACCCAGGCCCAGUUUGACUUGCUGCAGAGCUUCACUGAGGUGACUCAGAGCUCUGAAACCGUUCAGCCAGAGGCCAGAACCACAUGGGCUGGGCUGUCAUGUGGCUACUGCAAUAAGACUUUCAAGACCAAUGGAGGCCUCAAUAGACACGUGUCACUGAUGCACUCUCUUUCAUCCCAGUCCCGCUCCCAGUUCAGCUGUUCUGCCUGCGAUCGCUCUUUCCCCCUCCUCUCAUCACUCCUCACCCACCAACACUCCCACACCCCCGAGCAGCGCCUUCUGGCCGAGGCUGAAGCAGAGAUAGUGUGUCCUCCUUCCCUUUCCCUGUCCCUUCCCCUGCCCUCAUCUCCCAAUCACGCUGACAAUCAGCAGGAAGGCCAGACUGAGAUCCAUGUUGACAUUAUUACUGCCGGUGAGGAACAAGAGGAGCAGCCAGCCAAACCAGCCAAAGUACCCAAAAAGACAGUAGCCGGCAAGAGCACGCCUGCUGGAGAGAGACCGUACCGUUGCUCAGAAUGCGGAAAAGCCUUCAAAGGUUCAUCAGGCCUAAAGUACCACAUGAGGGAUCACACUGGGGAAAGGCCUUACCGUUGCACCGAGUGUGGAAAGAGCUUCAAGAGGUCAUCACUGCUUUCCAUCCACCAGAGGGUACACACCGGCGUUCGGGCAUUCCAGUGCCCUCACUGCCCUCUUACUUUCAAAUGGAGUUCUCAUUACCAGUACCACUUGCGGCAGCACACAGGUGAGCGGCCUUAUGUGUGUAAGGAGUGCGGCAAAUCCUUCAAGAACACCAGCUGCCUGCGUAGACACAGUCAGAUGCAUUCUGGACUGCGGCCCCACAUCUGCUCCAUCUGCUCCAAGUCUUUCUCCCAGACAUCAAACCUGAAACAGCACGAGCGCACCCAUUCUGGUGAGAGGCCCUUUCAGUGUACACACUGCAAUAAGAGCUUCACACACUCCUCCAACCUUCAGCUCCAUCUUCGCACGCAUUCCUCACGCAAGGACUUCAAAUGCCCGUACUGCUCCAAGGAGUUUGUCAUGCACUCCUACCUGCAGAGGCACAUUCGUACCCAUGGCAGUGGUGUUCCCCUGCCCUGUCCUGGUGGUGAAAGUAAAGAUGGCGUCGCUGUGAAAGCCAGCGUUGGAGGCGUAACAACCACCACAACAUUACUCAACCCCAUCACCCUGGAAGCCUCAGGAAACAAUGGCAGUCUGAUUGUGUCCCAACCAGCACUAAAUAUCCCUCCAAACACUUCUCAGAACUAUUUUAUGAUUCAAACAGCCAGUGGUCUGCAGCUCAUUCCUCUGUCAUCCCCUACACCUGCUCCCCCGCCUCCCCCUCCACCCCUGCCACCGUCCUCCCAGCCCCAGAACUUCCUCCUCCUGCAGUGCCCUUCCAGCAAUGGCAGCCAGUCAAGCUUGAUCCUCGUUCCCACAACAAACAACCCGCCACCAGCUCCGGAGCCUCCGACUCUACCUGUGCUUCAGACUAUUCAAGCACUCCAGCCAGUCUUAAACCAAACACAGACUCAGAUAGCCCCAUUUCCAGCCGUAUCGCAACAACAACAACAGAGGAUCAUAAUAACCAACAAUAAUAACAAUGCAAGCACUCCUGUUGCCACGCCAUCACACAGCCUCUCAACCAACUCCCUUCUCACUAAGCCCAUUUUGGGGAAAAGCACACGGACGGCUCGUGGCAGGCGGGGACGCAAACCAAAGGUUGCUCUCCAGAAGUCUGCUGCAGCAGCUCCUCUCAAUGACAUUACUGAUGCACAUGCAGCAGUAACUAAUUCUACUGUAACCCACAGCAUCACACAGGACAAUACUGCUGCUAACUCCACCAGAGAGUUAUCAUCAUCACCCCUAUCGACCUCUUGCAGUGCUGUUCAGACUCUGUCAUCUGACUCUAUCACAGUAGUCCCCACAGUGGACACCUCAGGACCACCAUCAUCAACUGUUACCAUGGUUACACCAGCCCCCGCAGUAGCCACAGCGGCUGCUUCCACUUCUGUUUCGGCUACUCAGGGCAGGAUACCUCAUACCAAUGUGGGGGAAAUCAAAACAGGGGAGACCAGCACGGGGAAGCAGUUUGUAUUAUGUUUUAACAAUGACGGAGAGGCAAAAGAGGGCAUAAAUAUCGAGGAGGGUGGGGAGUCCUACGUGUUGCAUUUCGAAGGGGAUUCAUCAGCAGAAGCAGCCAGCGGAGGAAUGGGUGGAGAGAGAAAGUCGCUUGUGUUUCAAUUUAAGACUGAUGGGCAAGGUGAGGGGGAACAAGGGGCAGAGAAAGGAGGCAUGAUGUCGCUCCUACAUGACUGGAGUGAAGAAAAGCAGGGAGAGAGACAUGUAGGAGAGGACGGCAGCCAGGAAGAGUCUUAUGUUCUGCACUUUCACACUGAGGCCCAGGACAGUGGCUCGUCCAGUACUACAUUCAGCCAAGGGCAGGACAGCAGUCUGCAGCUUUCCUGCACACAGACCCAAGGUUUAGUACCCCUUGAUGGGCAGGAGAUGGUGUUUGAACUUGGGGGUGAGGCCAAAAUGGAGCAGACUACGGAGGAGAGCAUGCAGAUGAUCGCUCUGAUAGAAGGGGAUGCGGAAAUGAUGGAGGGAGAGGGCGAACAUUGCUCUGCUGCAAAUGGUGUUACUGGGAGUGAAGGACCCAUGGAAGGCAUAUUUCAGCUGGGAAGUGGGGAGGAAAUUGUAAUAAUCGAGGUCAGUAGCAGCAGCUUGAGAGAAGGGAGAAUGGAGAGAGGAGGAGAUGGUGAGAUCCCACAAAGCAGUGAGGGCAAGUAUGAGAAUGUAACUGCGGAGGUGAAUGCAAAGUCUAUGAAGGACUUCAGCUCCACAGCCAAUACAGAAACUGAAACAUCAGCCGAAGACACAGUCAGGAACGGACCUAUAUCGAGCUCUAAUGAGAUGCAAUUUUCAAAUUAAAAGCUGAGCAAGAGAGUAGAGAAGAAUAAAGCGUGUGAAAAUGAAUGUCUCACUGUUAAUGAGCUGGAGUGUUAGCACUUUAGUCCGCUUAAGUUCUCCUGGAAACGAGCGAGAACGUGCAGAUAGUGUGUACUGUGUUGUAACGCCAUGGUGCCACAUACUAGAAAUGUUAUACAUUCAAAUAGGCUGUACAUGGACUUUGGUAUUAGUUGAAAUGAUGCUGCCAUGGCAGUUUGUUUAUUAUUAAACAUGUUUUGUGAAUAUACGUUGAACAUGCGCUACUUUCUUCAAAAUGCUAAUAUAUAGUACUUAAUUAAUAAUAAAGCUGUUAGUAAAUUG